AUGAAUGGAUUGGAUAAGGGGUGCGAAUCUGGAACUGAGAUUGGGGAAUGUCGUUUUGUAUUUGAUGGUCUUGGAUUCGUUAAAAUUCACUCAGAAAUGCCUACAAACGCUUUAGCACUCCCAAUGCCCUGUGAUAUAUUGGACGGUUGCACACUGCGUAAUCCGUGUCAGUCGCGUACGUCGCAAGAUUCUUCGAAUGAACCACAACCAUCCACUUCACACUGGGACAAUCAGCUUUGUUUCGUGACCAACGAAUUCUUCGAGGAAGCAGUGAAGUUGCGUUCGUUACGAAGACAAAUUUUGCAGGAAUAUAGGAAGGAUGCAGAUUUGAAGUACGAUUUUUAUAUUGAAGAGUACACGAUUCAGUCUGAAGUGUAUAUGGAGAGCGAGCCGUUCGAUAAUCAGAAAGGCGGAUCGCUGAAAUGGCGAUUGAGGAUUUAUCCGCGUCGUUAG